AGUGUUGAUGUAUCAUCCCAAGGCAUUUGAAGAGUGGAGAUGAAGAAGUCGUGUUAGAUGUAGAAUGGUUUGUAUCACAGCUGCAGAAAGUGAUCACAAUACACAUGGAAGGUGAUGUUCCUCCCAUGUUUUCGAAUGAUGUAAAACGCAGCAAAGAGAAAGGCAUUAUGACGAUGUCUCUUGUGAGACAUCUUUUAUCAGAUGCCGGAGGAUCUGCUCAACGUCUCAUUGUGUCAUUGAUGAGCCACUAUGAUUUGCUGUGUGAGUAUCAAGUUAUUGAAGACAAGAAUCUGAAGACAGCAAGUGAUUGCCAUGAUUUUCUCAAUCUGGAAAAAGAAGGGGAAGGUCAAUCACACAGUGAACAAGAACAUGAUGUGUUUGACGGUCAAGCUUGCUUUAUUCCCUGUCUUCUGGAGCAUGCAGUUGGUCUUGAAUCAUACACGAUGAAUGACAAGUGGAAGUCACUACCUCUCAUCUUGUCGUCUGCUCCCAUCCGCAUUCCUCAGCCAUUAUUCUACAGAAUGCUGACUCUUCUGUGUAGACGUUUUCGUCGUUUGGCAGUUAUUUACCGCAAUGUGGGCUACUUCCACAUCUACUCUGGUCAUCCACUGGAGUUUGCUCUCAACAGAUACAACUUUCAAAUGACUGUCUUGUCAGAUACACAUACACCUCUCAAUGCCAAAGUGUGUGUUGCUGUUCGUGAGUGGAUUGUGGAUGUUGUUGAUACGGCGAAGCAGCAAGGAAUGGCAGGGCUGAAGUUGCAACUGGGAUUUGAUGUCUCUGCAGUGAGUUUAAAAUCAUCUUAUAUCGAGUUCAUCUCUUUGGAUGGAUAUCAACAGUCUCGCUUUCAGCUUUAUAGCAGUGUGACAAACCGACAAGUUCAACCUCCUCCCAAACUUUCUUUUUGGUAUCCAGACCACAAAUUCUCUCAAUGCGAAAUGACAUCAACAUUGCAUAUUCCUUUACGACCAUCACAGGAAGAAGCUAAUGUUGGAGUCAGCUAUAUGACACCAGUAAAGUCUCUUCUUUAUGAACCUCCUGCAAGUUGUUUGCUAGAAGUGUCCAAACUUCUGGAUGAAGAAGAUGACUUAGGAGAUGACUGGAGGAGGUUAUGGUCUGAGCUGUUAAACAGACCUCUUAAUGAAGAUGUGGUGAGGAAGAAGAGUGUGAGCCCACACUUUAUGUUCUAAAGCGAUGGUGCAUGAUGAAAUCCUCAAGUGAAGCUACGAUAACACGACUGAUGACGGCUCUUAAUUCUAUAUACAGAAAUGAUGUUGCUUGUGUGCUAGAAGCAUACUGUCAGAGUUCAGAGAUACGUCCUGCAAUACUAAGGUCACGUUUGGCCGCAGGUUGUAAUUCCAAUGAAACGGUGACGUCAGAUGAGUUAAUUCGUCUUGCCGACAUCAUAGAAGGAUAUUGGCAACAGUUUGCUUCAGUUCUUGCACCCGACCUGUUUAAAGUUACAGGAAAAAUUGCUGCCAUAAAGAACGAUUACCCUUCUUCUGCUCUCCAAGCUAAAGCUAUGUUGGAAAUUUGGUGUAAACACCUUGAUGCUACAGCCCAGCGGCACUUACUUAUUGGUGCAUUAAUUCAACGACGACAAAGAUCUGAUGCAGAGGCUGUGUUUGGAGUAGAAGUUGUAGAGGAGAUGUUAAAGUCACAAGAACAAGUGGCAGGACAGAGUGAUGAGCCUCAGCAAUAAUAUCUGCAUACAUUCGUGGAAGAGAAUGCAGGAUCUGUUGUACCUAUGAUGGACAUCUCAGUCUUGAUCAGACUAACAACAAGAUCCUAAAGCUCUGUAAGAAUCAAGAUGAACACGAUUGAUGUUUCGAUGUUGUGAACCGUACAUAGUAUUGUACAUGUAAUUACAUAGGGUAGGGAACAUUCAUGAAGUUGUUGUAUUAGCUUCUAUUCAGUAGGCUGGAUGAAUAGUACUAAGUAGGUAGUAUGGUCGAGUACCAGUAGAACUAUUGCAGUUAAUGCUUGAGUGGUACAUAUUGCCAAUCAGUGUGAGACUUAGGGCCAGCGCUGACAAUCCAUCUCUUGGCCAGAGUCAUCCAGGGGCACUAAUUAUGGUGCAGUUCUACGACUGGACAC